UGCACGCACGCACCUUUGUAAUUUCUCAACAGGUCCACAGGGGUUUGGACAAGACCCAUCUCACACCCGCGUUUCCUCUCUCUCCUUCUCCGUGUUUCUCUCUCUCUCCGUCCGAAAAGCCGAAAGCUGUUGGCUCGCGCGCUCUGUCUAAUUAUUCCACUCCCGCGCAGCACCGAGCGGACUGCUCCACGCUCCGCACCACUUUCCAUCUCUUCCCCUCCGCACUGCGAUACCGCGAGGUGACGGCUCUCCUGGCGGACACUAACUAACCCAAACACCUGGACAGAGCUUCCGUCGGGGGGGACGGUAACGUGUUUAGAGGUGCCUCGAGCAGACGACAAAUGCUGGAGACCCGCGGCCAGUGCCCCCAGACCCGACGGGGAGGGAGACACACAGAGCAGUGAUGGGACAGUUUUCGGGAGGAUGCUACCUGAGUUUCGGCAUCCUCGUGCUUCUCGGUUUGCACGCCCCGGCCACGUUAGCAAGAGGUCCCCGAGGUGAGGCCCUGCAGCAUGGCCAGUCUGGGACGCUGCCGCACUUCCUGGAGGAGCCUGUGGACGCUUACAUCGUCAAGAGUAACCCCAUCAAGCUCCACUGCCAAGCUCGGCCUGCUCUACAGAUCUUUUUCAAGUGCAAUGGCGAAUGGGUCCACCAGAGCCAGCACAUGUCUCAGGAGCACACUGACCUGGGGACAGGGCUAAAGAUCCGCGAGGUGAUGAUCAACGUGUCACGUCAGCAGGUGGAGGACUUCCAUGGCCCGGAGGAUUACUGGUGUCUGUGUGUCGCCUGGAGUCACCUGGGAACCUCCAAGAGCCGCAAGGCAACUGUCCGGAUCGCCUACCUGAGGAAGAACUUUGAGCAGGACCCCCAAGGCACCGAGGUGCCUCUGAAUGGCAUGAUUGUGUUGCACUGUCGUCCCCCAGAGGGAGUGCCUGUGGCUGAGGUUGAAUGGCUGAAAAAUGAAGAACUUCUGAACUCUGAUGGUGCCGUUGAUACAAGAGGUGACCACAAUCUGAUCAUCUCGGAAGCCCGUCUCUCUGAUUCCGGAAACUAUACCUGUGUUGCCAGCAACAUUGUGGCAAAAAGACGCAGUGCCACAGCCACUGUUGUAGUCUAUGUGAAUGGAGGCUGGUCGUCGUGGACAGACUGGUCUCCCUGUAAUGUACGCUGUGGUCGCGGUGUGCAGAAACGUUCUCGCACUUGCACAAAUCCAGCUCCUCUCAAUGGGGGAGCCUUCUGUGAGGGCAUGUCGGUACAGAAGAGCACCUGCAACACACUGUGCCCAGUGGAUGGUGGCUGGGGAGAGUGGAGCGAGUGGUCAGUGUGCAGCUCAGACUGUGAGAGGCAACGCAGCAGAGAGUGCACUGCUCCGGAGCCCAAACACGGGGGUCGGCUGUGUGACGGGGUGGCACUGGCCAUGGACAACUGCACCGGCGGCCUCUGCACACAGAAUCGAAAGUUGCUACAUGAUCCUAAGCCACAGGGUGUGGAGAGCAGCAGUGAUGUGGCCUUGUAUUCAGGCCUUGCUGCGGGGGUGGUGACAGUGGUGCUGCUGAUCAUCGCUGUCACUCUUUACCGAAGGAGCCAGAGUGAGUACGGUGUUGAUGUCAUCGACUCCUCCGCCCUCACUGGGGGCUUUCAGUCCUUCAGCUUCAAGACCUCUCGACAAGCAAACCCCCUGCUUAUUAAUUCAUCCAUGCAACCUGAUCUAACAGUGUCACGUACCUACACCAGCCCCAUGUGUUUCCAGGACUCUAUUGACAAGGAGCUGAUGGCCGAGCGCUCGCUCCUUGACCCGCUGCCUGAUCUCAAGGUUAAAGGGGUGGCAGAGAGGGCAGAGUACCAUGUCAUGUCCCACCCUCAGACAUUUCCAAGGGGCCUGGCUCCAGACUACAGAGGGGUUGCAGUAGGGACGACGCUGGGCAGAAGAGGCAAGAAUCUCUUCCCUCCACAAGUCUCUUUGACUCCCAGUAGGCCUCUCCACAAAGCAACUGCUGUGUUUGGUCAUGCUGGAGGCAGGCUGGUAGUACCUAACACAGGUAUCAGUCUGCUGGUGCCUCACGGGGGGAUCGCAGAAGACACUACCUGGGAAAUGUACAUGAUCAUCAACCAGGAGGACAGCAGUACGGUGUCCGAGGAUGGGCCAGAGAUCUUCUUAAGUCCUGCAGUCACGUAUGGCCCACCAGGCCUUGACCUGUCCUGUCCCAUAGCCAUGACAAUAGCCCAUUGUGCAGAGGUCGCUACUGAUAAUUGGACCAUCCGCUUAAAGAGACAAAUGCAGGACAACAAGUGGGAGGAAGUGAUGUCUGUGGAUGAGGAGAGCACGUCCUGCUACUGUCUGCUGGACGCUCAGAGGUGCCACGUGCUGUUGGAGCAUCCGGGCCGCUAUGCCCUUGUGGGGGAGCCGCUGAACCACCAGGCGGCCAAGCGGCUGAGGCUGGCUGUGUUUGGCAGUCCGGAUACCAGCAACUCUCUGGGCUUCACCCUCAGGGUCUACUGUGUGGACGACACGCCCCAUGCAUUUCAGGAGGUGGCAGUGGGCGAGCGCAGCAGGGGCGGGCGGCUGCUGGAGGAGCCUAAAAUGAUGCUGUUCCGGAGCAACACUUUCAGCCUCCAGGUGUCCAUCCAGGACGUCCCACAGUUACUCUGGAGCAUCAAGCCUUUCACCACCUGCCAGGAGUUCUCCUUUUCUCAGGUGUGGGCCAGUAACCAGCGUCCCCUGCAGUGUGCCUUCUCUUUGGAGCGAUACAGCCACUCCUCCUCUCAGCUCUCCUGUAAGAUCGGCAUCCGACAGGUCAAAGGCGAGGAGCAGAUACUCCAGGUGUAUACAUCUGUGGUGGAGAAUGAAAAGGGAGUGGUUCCCUUUUUCACACAGUCAGACUGUACCAUCACCUCUCAGACAGGGUCAAGGGCCUUUAAAAUCCCCCUGUCCAUCCGUCAGCGGAUCAGCGCCACCUUUGACACGGCUAACGCCAAGGGGAAGGACUGGCAGCUCUUGGCUCAAAAGCUCCACAUAGACAGGAACCUGUGCUACUUUGCAUGUCAGGAGAGCCCAUCGUCAGUGAUUCUGAGUCUGUGGGAGGCACAGCACCAGGACACAGGGGACCUGGACUCUCUGGCCAGUGCCCUAGAAGAAAUCGGUAAGGUCCAGUCCCCCAGGACCGCCACUCUUGGCUGCAACAGAGAAGAACGGGACUCAGAAUUCACUAAACUUGGGUAGGGUGGGUCUACAACAGAUCAAAUAAUGAUGAACCUUUACUGCAUGAACACUGAUGAUCAGGUGUACUAGCUAACCUAUGAUGAGGAGGAUGAGGAGGCGCAAAGAGGACAGCAGGGAAGCUCAGUUUUGGACUGUUACUAAAGGAACACCUCUGCUAAACCAAAUAGCACAUACAGACAGACGGGAAUCAAGGAACAACCAAGAGAGAGAGGAGGAAAUGAAUGGGGAAGUGUCUGUGUUACUGAGAGGCACUGACAGGACAUUUUAGAAAGGGAUGUAAGAAUCCCACACCCAUUUUUGAUUGAGAAAUGUCAACUCCUGACAGGUUUGAUAACCUGUAUUCAAGGAUUAUGGAUAUCUGUGUGAGGAGGACUCUCCGCGUAGGAUGGAGUGUGUUUUAGACAGACUGCCAGUCAGGCUGGUGUUGUGACCUUCCCAGGAUUGGAUGUGCUGGCACUUGCCCUCAAACAGUCUUCUGGGCUGUCAAAAUGUUUAGUGUAAUGUCAUUAUGUUGUCAUUCAUUUUCCAAGAUCUAUUAACACUCCUUUUUCUUUUCUGCAGCGUGUCUCUAAUGUUAGUGCUGGAGUUAAAGGAGAAAACCGAGGGAAUAUUGGAUAUUAAUUUUGUCAGAACUUUAGUUGGAGACACUGUUUAGCAUUUAAAAGGAUGUGAUGUCCACCUGCUAAAAGAUGUAAGGCUGUAUUAGAGAUGACUCUUUGGAUCACAUGGAAAAUAAUCAUUUUUAAACAUCCACAUGUAAAACACUUUCAACCCUACUUGCAGAACACAUUGUCAAAGCAAAGGCUGCAGAAGAGGGUAAGUUACCCCACUGAUGAUUUUCUGCUUAUUCUGGAGGAAAAUAAAUGUCUCUCUGUGUGAUAAGUGAUUUCAUACCAGACAGAUAGUGGGAACAUUACAUACACUGCAAAGUGCUGGCGUUGGUUAACUGGUGUGUUCUUUCAAGACCCUCGCUAUGGGACUUCUUUUUUUAUUUUUUUGACUUUUGAAUUUUAAAUUUUGACUUUUGAAGUGUGGCUUGAUUUGAGCUGCCCUUUUUUGGGUCAUCUGGAUCACUCUUGGAUAUCAUUAUUUGGAGACAAGUAGCCAACUCUCACUCCCACUCCUCUGUCUUCUCUUCCCCUGGCAGAGUUGCUCCACCUGCCCCUAAACAUGAUAAAGUGAUUUCGUGUUGAACUCUGUGUUGGCUCUGUCUUUUCACCUACUUAAUGAAUUCAGUUCUUGAAAGGGCCUGACAGCACAACAUACUGUACGGUGGAGGAAUCAGCUUCUGUGAACCUUUAAAACUUAUGUUCAGCAAAGAGAUGAAACAUUUAGAUACAAAAUCAAAUGUUCAGAAAGAAAUUUAAGAACACACUCUGCUGCUAUUUUACCAUGUUGAUAUUGCAUUGUUUAGCUUUUUUAAACUGCACCAAAAGCCAAGUCACAAGGUGGUCACCUGUGAAAGAGGCUUCUUGUCAGUUCAAAAUCUUAGUAAUUAGUGGCCUUUUAAAAAAAACAAAACUGUUAAGUUAGUGAAAUAAGCAUUCAUCGAGUUAGAUGAGAAGAUGGAUACCACUGUUUGUCUACAGUAAAUAUGAAGCUACAGCCAGGAGUUAGCUCAGCUUAGCAUUAGUGCUGGAAGCAGGGGGAAACAGCUAGUCAGGUGUUGGUUCUAUUAAAGGAGCAGUGUGCAGGAUUCUUAGGAUUUAGCAUCACCUCAGCGGUGGUGACUGCAAAUUGCAACCAGCUGACACUUCUCCCAUGUGCCAGGCAUGAGCUCCCAGUUACAAUUCCUUCAGUAUUUAUUAUUCAGCAGGUAUUUACUGGGAGCCAAAUUAUCUGGAGAGGUCUCCUCCUCUCCAAACAAACAGACCCGGUGAUCUAAACCAACAAAAACAUUAAAUAAAGCAGUUUUACGUUAAAAAUCAGUGUUCACGUUGUUGGUUCACAGAAGGGCUGCUAAUUACAAUGGCGAAUGCAAAAACAUGAAUCGCCCUAAGAUAAAAACAACAGUUAGCAGUUUAAAGUGGGUUAGGUGUAGUAGAGCUUUGAUUCUCUGUGGCCCACUGGGUGUGGGCCAAGGCAGGCUGUAAUUUCUGAAAAAUUCACCCAUUUUGAUUUGGGUCAGGUUCUCUUCAAUUUUCUGGUAUGUGUUUGUUUGUUUGUUUGUUUGUUCUGCAGUUUUGUUGUUGUUUUGUUUUUUAUUCUUAAAAUGCAAACCUUACAUUCUGUGUUAUGUCAGGUAUCACGUAUAGGCUGUGUCAUCAUCAACCCAUCCAGACCCCGCCUCUCGUUAAUGAGGAGAAAUGUUAUACAAUCUUUAUUUAAGUUUACUUAUGACAGUUUUUUGACAGUGCUGACCAUUCAGUGAGAGAAGGCACAUGUCUGAGAUGGUGUCACAAAUGUCUGUUCCCACACUGAAGAGACUUUAGUUGACUUCAGCUUGUAAUAAAUGUUUUAAUAUUUAAAAAUUAAACAUUUCAGCGAGAUUUCUGGUUCAGGCUUGGGCCCAAAAACUGCUGCCCUGGCUUGGACUAGUUUCAGGUUUGACAGAAAAUUCCCUGUAGGGUCAGACCCGAUCACAGCUCUAAUGCGUAGGACUGUUUCUUGGUUGGGUGCAUUGACUUUCCCCUGUUUCCAGUCUUUAUGCCAAGCUAAGCUAAGCAGACAGAUUUGAGAGUGGUAUCAUCUUCUCUUCAAACUUUUUGCAAGGAAAUGAAUAAGAUCAUUUCCCAAAAUGGCAAAGAAUACCUUUAAUUUGAUAAGACUCCCAGUUUUAUUUUCAAACUCCCAAAGAAGGAUGCAGAUUCAAGCGUGCUCAUGCUGGCUCUACAGUGGAAAAGAAAAUUCCUCUUGAUUUAUGUAUUUAUGGAAAUAUUCUGAGAUAUCUAACUACAGAGAUAUGUAU